UUUCCCAGGCCGUGGUUGCAACACCGCCGCCGAGGCAGCGAGCGGAGCUGACAGCGCGGAGCUGGCGCUGCGGGACCCUGGGAGCCUUGCGGGUUUCUCCGGCUGGCGUCUGCGAGUACAGAGGCGGCUGAACCGCUCGGCUUCAGGGAUUUACACAGACUCGGAGCAAUGCUUGUGACUCUGCAGCUCCUCAAAGAUCCCUAGAAGCCUGUUUCUCGGCGCAGUCCAGGACCUCCAGCCCCAUGGAGCCCCCGAUUGCACAGAGCGUCCCUUUGACUCCCAGCUCAGUCAUGGUGCAGCCCCUUCUGGACGGCCGGAUGCCCCACAGCCGGCUCCAGCACCCUCUCACCAUCCUGCCCAUUGACCAGAUGAAGACCAGCCACGUGGAGAACGACUAUAUAGACAACCCCGGCCUAGCUCCCCCCACUGGCCCAAAGCGGACCCGGGGUGGGGCUCCAGAGCUGGCCCUGACUCCCGCCCGCUGUGACCAGGAUGUCACCCACCACUGGAUCUCCUUCAGCGGCCGCCCCAGCUCUGUGAGCAGCAGCAGCAGCACCUCCUCUGACCAGCGGCUCCUGGACCACAUGGCCCCACCGCCUGUGGCUGAGCAGUCCUCGCCCAGGGCUGUGCGCCUCCAGCCUAAGCUGGUCCACUGUAAGCCACUGGACCUCAAGGGCCCAGCGGCCCCACCAGAGCUAGACAAGCACUUCUUGCUGUGCGAGGCCUGUGGGAAAUGCAAAUGUAAGGAGUGUGCGUCCCCCCGGACGUUGCCUUCCUGCUGGGUCUGCAACCAGGAGUGCCUGUGCUCGGCCCAGACCCUGGUCAACUAUGGCACAUGCAUGUGCCUGGUGCAGGGCAUCUUCUACCACUGCACCAACGAGGACGAUGAGGGCUCCUGUGCUGACCAUCCCUGUUCCUGCUCCCGUUCCAACUGCUGCGCCCGCUGGUCCUUCAUGGGCGCCCUCUCCAUGGUGCUGCCCUGCCUGCUCUGCUACCUGCCUGCCACCGGCUGCGUGAAGCUGGCCCAGCGUGGCUACGACCGCCUGCGCCGUCCUGGUUGCCGCUGCAAGCACACGAACAGUGUCAUCUGCAAGGCAACCAGUGGGGACACCAAGGCCAGCAGACCCGACAAGCCUUUCUGACACUUUAGGUUGAACCCCAAGCGCUACCCCUGGAAACAAGGGUUCCUCCUGCCAGCCUCCUGAGGCUAACCUUGCUCAUCUGUCAUCUCCCUGCCUGUAGCUUGGGAAGAAACAGGCAGAGACCGCCACCACCCACUCUCUAUUACUCCAAAAGGAGGAAGAAACACUUUGGGGGAUAUUUAGGGGUUUGGAACUUUUGUCAAGCAGAUGGGCAGGGUACAGUUGGGGGGGGAUUUUUCAGAAGACAUAACAGACGUGGACACGUAUCUGGAAACUGCAGCUGCUCGAUGCCCUGCCUCGUCCCUCCUCUCUCUCCCUCCUGCUUGGCCAUUGUCUCUGGCUCUCUUGGGAGCUGGCUGCCUGGGAGGAAUUGUUAACUGAACCAGGGUAGUUGGGAGAAGACCUUCAAGUCCUGACUGCCCAGGGAUCUUGGGGAAGGUGGAGAACACUAGCGAUCUCGACUGUAUAUACUUUGAGUGCUGAGAACAGAGGACAGCCAAGGAGCCGAAGCCUCCCCAGAGCACGAGAUGGUUUAGGAGUCACUGCGCAAUGCAUUCCUCUCUCCCAACCUUGUCAGUAACUCUUGGGGGUGUACCACUCAUCUUAAACCGUCCUCUGUUCCAGUUCUUAUGAGUCACAGACUCGCCUGCCUGCUAUGUCCUGAGUUUUCACUCUGCUCAGAUCCUUUCCAGAAACUUGAUGGGUAGAGAAGGCCGGGGCAGAAAAUUCGAGACCAAAUAUCAUUUUGCCAAUGAGCCCGAGGCUGUAGUCUCUUGAUCCAGUCGUGAUGUUUUUAUAGAAUAAUUAAAACAGAUGCUCACGGUGUUUUAAAGAACAAUUAUUAUUGCUUCCUUUUGGGCCACCCCCAGGAAGGGCUGAUUUCAAAAUCUGGGGGCAAGCAACCUCAAGGAGCACAAUUCCCCUGCCCACCAAGAAGAGGAUUUUAUCAGCGAAGAAGAGGCAGCACCUCCCGUUGGCAGAAUGACAGUUGAGCUGCGCUGGGUUUGGGUUUCCUCUCUUCUGAUUCUGCUGCUUGCUGUCAUAGCCUUUUGUGUAUAGCGAUUCGAUACAUCUGUAUCUGUAUGUAAAUAGAUGGUGAAAAGAGAGUCUUAUUUUAGUGUUAGGAAGCCCCAGGGGGGAGUGAGAAGAGCUCAAGAGGGUGGGGAGGAUUCCCCAGGGGCCACUGUGACUGAGCCCUGCUUUUGUGCAUAGCACAACCCUCUCUCGACAGCCCCCAAAGACGUAGCAACUCUUUCUCAAGGUGCUAAAGGACUCAGAAAGUGCAGCACGUCCAGUGGGUAGGUACUUGUUGCAUGCAAAAGCUGUAGUGUGUCUGGUCCUCCCCUCACCCCAGCCGUUUGGGGUUUUUGCUUUGUGUGGUAUUUUGUCCCCUUCUCCCUCCAUGAGAGGAAGUAGCCUGGGCCAGAAGAAAGGCCCCAGGUGACAUUGGAAGCGCAUUAGGCAGAGUAUAGCAUUUCCAGCUCAUUCUGUGGAAACAGCUGCCUGCAGAGAGACAAGGAGGUAGGUAGCUGAGAGUGGCCUGUAUACCUGAUGCUUCCAAGGCCCCCUCCCCUUGGAAACUAAUGGUAACAUCUUAUGAUUUAGAAUAAGUUAAUUGUAACCAUAGGUGUUUAAUGAUUGGAUGAAGGGAGUGUCUUAUUUUCAGCUUUAUUUAUGUAACAUUUGCUGGCUUGUAAAAGGCGAGUAUAAAGAAUUGCAUCUUCCUUCUCUAUGGCUGACUCAUAUAGCUACCCUUGCCAUAGUUGUGACAGAUGUAUGGAUGUUCUUGCACAAUUUGGAGGGGAUGGUAGAAAAUGAACACGUUCAGCCAACCACUUACACUAAUUGAAUGUAUCAGAAGUGUACUCAAGGGGCUGGAAAUGUUUUUCUCAAAAGUGGUGUGCAGAGGUGUCCCCUAAAUGAUAGUGCAUACACGCACUCUUUCUUCAAGGCCUCGGGACUCUUCCCAGGGCCCCUCCCUCAGAUCAUCUCCACAGGAAAUUUGACCUGGUUACAAGUUGUGCUUUGGUGAUCCUGGUCUACACACCCGUUCUGUGGAGAUUUGAUUUGCAUAAGCUGUGUAUAGACAUGUACACGCAUACAUACACCCAGACCCUCGACCAACAGAGACCCUGCUUGCUGGCAAAUGGCCUUCUGAACCCUGACUUUGUGUAUAUAGUUGUAAACACAGAUUUUUUUUGUGGGUUUUGGUUUGCUAUUUUUCUUUCCCCCUCCUUUUGGCUUGCAUUUAACCUGCUAAAUGGAUGUCUGCAGAACUCUCUCUUGAGUUCAUUCACCUUGGUGCCGCAUGUGCUCAGCAGGAAAGGAGAAGAGUGAAGCAGAGUGUCCUUGGUCCUCCUGGCUCUGUAACAGUCCCUUGGUGGUUUUUCUCUGGCUCCUUGGCCAAAAAAGGAAAGUAAACAUGGCUUGCCUAUGGGCCCACCACCCCUUCCAGGCCAGCCAAGGGACACUGAGGGAACAAGCACGCAGAAACAUGGCAUCUUUCUAUAGCUGCUUCUGGCUCGUUUCCUGUCACUAGAAGCUCGCUUGGCUGGGUGAAACCUUAACUGGGGAAGUGCCAGCAGUUCCCACUUGUCUUGGACCUGGGUGCACAGCAGUUUUCCCUGCAACUGGGAUCCAGGACACUCUUCCAAGGGUGCCUUGGCUGGCUGUUUCCCCUCCCUGAGAGGGGCCAGAGAAGGCCAGCACUCAGUGGGUGCCCUGGGAACUGGGCCUAGAAGAGUGGCCUGUAGAGUCUUCCUGGACAAAUGACGGGUGCAACUCAAGAGUCCUCAGCAGCCGCCUGGAAGAGUGAAGACAGCGCCUUCUGUUGGCACCAGGCAAAGGCACUCAUGUGAUGCAGGGUUCUUUAAACAUGUGGGGUCUCCAUUGAUCCCUGUUGUACUGAAGAGUGUCCAGCUAGGCGGUGACUUGCCUGAGGUUGCACGCAUGAGAAAUGUCGGCCUGGGCUGGAACCCAGGUGACUGUCACUCAAAGCAUCGAGUUCUCCAGUGCCGUCCCAGGAAGUAUCCAGUGGGUGUGGGCAGCACAGCUUCACACUACACUUGCUAGGGCAUUCACACGCUUCGCCAGCCUCUGGGUCAUGCCUUUGAUAAGCCUUUGUGCCCUUGGGCUUAUUUGUGACCGGAUAUCAGCUCUGGUGUUGCCAUUUUUGCUCUAGGUAACUGUGCGGCGUCUUACUUUGCUUUCUCCUCUUUCUGUCCCACAGUUGGGUUUUGUGUUACAAACAGUAAAGGUGGUCCCGGCUCCUCCGCUACAUUCUUAUUUCACUUCCCCCCUUCACCACAGCCCCUUUUCACCCCACCACAAGCGUUACCACAGAAGGUUUCCUUUGUAUAGAAUAUUUAUUUUGAAGCUCUAUUUUAAUAGUAUUUAUUUUAGAAAGUCUACUAUUGUAAGAGUUCUUCUGUUUGUGAAGAAAAAAAGUUAAAAACUGAAUGUACUGAUCUAGAAAAAUAUCUAUAAAUAUAUAUUGUUAAA